AUGAAUUAGAUUUGCAACUUUAUAAGUCUUCUCUCUUGUCUCAUUUACAUUAACUGUUGGGAUAACAUUCAAAUAAUUGAGAGUGAAGAGUAAAGUUACCUUUAUUUUUUGGAAAAUGAAAGACAUUAUCUUCUAGAUAGUAAAUUGGCUAUUCCAUUUACUAAUAAGGAUGAUUUGUUAUAAAAACUUAAUGAGUCAUCCUCAUUGUAAUUACUAUAAAAAUAGCAGGAGCUCGAUGUAAUUUUUAAUAAAGAGGAUGCAAUUCUACUACCUUUUAUAAGACAAUCAGGAAAAUAUAUUGAUAUCUGCUAUUUAUAACAUUAAAUAAUAAAUUGCAAGCUUAGAAUCAAUAACACUUUGUACAAUGAAGAAUUAAUAGUAAAUGAAAUUUAAUCAAACUAAAUCUUUAUACCCUCAAAUUCAUGUUAAAAUGCUUAUCUUCUUCAGGAAGACUUAUUCCUACUCCAAUGUCAUAACCCUAUCAACUAAUUUUAAUAUUUCUUGAUAAAUAAUUACAGUGAAAUUGUGGAUGAAAUCACAAUUGAUCUGUCCCAUAAUUGCAGAUUUGACUCUAAAUUUCAAUAAAAUAGAGUAUUUAUAAAUUCUAUGGAGUGCGAAGUAUCAAUUGUUUUAGUAUUGGAAAUAAUAUAUUUAGAUGAUAAGCUGCAAUUUAAUAAGAAUUUUACAAAAUUGCAUGAAUUGGCUAACUUUCCAAAUCAAGAUAAUUUGAUCGAUCUAAAAAUUUGUUAAUCCAAUUUAAUAUUAUUAGGUUUUAUUAAUAUGUUGAGUAGUUAUAAUUUAGAAGAUAAAUCAUUUAAAAAUAUGAAAUGGUCAUAUCAAAAAUGGUUUCCAUAUUUAUAAACCUGCUUUCCUUUGAUAAUAAGAACAGCAUUAUAAGUUUAGAGUAAAAUUGAUUAUUAGUAUUCCCCUGCCUUAAACAAAAUACUUGAAUCAGAAUCUUUGCUUAAAAGUAUAAAGGUUGAAGAUGAACUUUGUGUUAAUUUAUACGAAAACUAAGCAAUUAUAAUGUAUGGUUUUUUUUUUUAAUAAACGAUUCAGAAUGUAAAGCAAAUUUUUAAAAUCAGCACGCUUCCGUUUCUUGUCACACUUAAUAAGAAUAACAAUAUUGCAUUUUAUAAAAUUGCAUGCCUUAACAAAUAUGUAGAAUAUAAUCACUCCCCUUUUAUUGGAGUAGUUAUGAAAGGUGCAUUUUAUAAUAUAAAUAGUUAAAUAAUCUUUUACUAUGCGACCUAAAGAUAUUCCAUAAAGUAUCCUUUGGAUAUUAACAUAACUAACAGCGUUGAAAUCUAGCAUAAUUAAAUUAUCAAUAACAACUUUAAAAUAGAUAUUAAUAAGCUUUAUUUGUCUAUUCCUUUUUAUUUAGAUUUAGAAUUUGAUGAGGAUAGAAAUCAUUUUGAAUUUAAAAAUGAAUUAAUCUUCACUUAUUACUUAAAGUUACAAAUCAAAUAAAUUUUAAGAGUUGUUUCAUUUGAGAUGGAUUGCUUGUUGAUAAUUUAUAAGGACUGGAAUCAAAAAUUUAUGGCUAACAUAAAAAAUGGUGAAUUUUAGAAAAAUAUGGUACUUAUAGCAACAACCCAAGAAUUUUAAGUUGAGGUUUACAAAACUAAUUCUGGUUAUAUAAUAAUAUUAAUUGGUAGCAAAUUACUAAUGAAAUUCAGAAUUUUUAAUUACAAAGAUUUGGAAUUGAUUCAUUAAUAUAAACCUAAAAGCAAUAUAAUAGGAUAUAAAAAUGAGGUAAGUUCAAUAAUCUGCCUUCUUGCUGAUAAUACGACCUAUAAAUAUUAGUUCGAAAAUUUUAUUGAUUAUUCUUUAACAAAAAAUAAAGAAUUUAGAGAUUAUUAGAAAAAGAAAUAAGAAGAAAAAUACACUGAUUUUAGAGUUCCAUAUUUAUAUAUUGAUUAUGAAGAUUCAAUAAUUCGCAUGAAAUCAAUAAAACCUGAUCUUCAUGAUUAUGUAAUAUCAGUAGAUGGUUAGAUUAUUUAAUCAAAUUUGUUUGUAAAUUAGAAAAGAAUUUUACUUAUAGUAAAAAAGGAGAAUCAAAUAUCAUUACAACUCUAUUUCUUUGAUUUAGAAUACAUCGUCUUUCUUUACGAAAUACCAAUAUUUGAAUUUUAAGUCGUGUUCCCUAUUCAAUUCAAAGAAUAUGGCAAAUUAUUUUGCAUCAUUACUAGGAAGGAUGGGUAGGAAUAUCUAUUUUUAUAUGAUAUCACUUAAUAAGGAAGAUUUUGUUUAAGAUGGAUUAGUAUAAAAUUACCUAAUUUAAUAAAUUUUGAAUUGGUUGCCGAAUCAGGAAUAUUUGUAUAAAUUCUGACCGAUAAAAUUGUGGUGACUUAUCCCACUCUUAGCAUCAACAUCAAAUCUUUGAAUGCUUCUUUCUCUGCUAUAAUAAACACUUAAAUAAAAUUUUAAGUUAAGUCUUAUAUUUCAUCAAUUCCAUCAAGCUUUAUUAUCUAUUUGUGUACAAUUAACAAAGAUAAUAUUCUGAAAUAUAAACCUGAUGCUGAAUUUAAGAGGAUACUACUUAAUAGUCAGAAUAAAAUUAUUAAUUUAGAUUCUAUUUUUGGUAGCAUAAACAAUUUAAAACUAAGCGAUGCUUGUUAAGGAUCAUUGACAGAACCAAUUUAAGUAGUAUCUAAUAUUUAAUUGAAAUGCUGGUCUAUUAAUAAAAGAUUUUGUUUGAUCACUAAAUCCUUAUUAAUUUAUGAUUACUUUGGCUUAAACCAAGUAAUCUCAAUACCCUUUGAAAAUAUAAUCCUAAAUAACUUGAUAAGAUCUACUUAUAAUACAAAACUGUUCAUUUAUAAUCCUUAGUUAAAUACACUGAUUAUUUCAUAUCUAAAUGAAAAUUUAGAAAUGGAAGAAGAAACCACUAUCAAUUCCCCAUUUUAAGGUAUGGCUGAUCAUACUAUUCAUAUUACAUCAAUUUAAUUGAUAAAAGAUAUUUUAAUUGAAGAAACACAACAUUUCUUUUCAAUUUAUUAAAAAGAAGAAAAGGAAUUAAAUAUACUGUGUUAAGUAUACAAUGAAGAAAUGAGGCAAAUAGAAUAUUUAUUCAAAAAUGAUUCUGAGUUCAUAUUACUAAUAUUAGAAUUAAACUCUAUCAUUAGUCUUUUAUCCUGUUAAGAGAAUACAAAUGAACUUAAAACAAAUAAUGAUUUCAAGCCAACUUUUUAAAUAGUGUCCUUUCACAUUUUAAAUUACUUCAUAUAAAAUUAAGAAAUUUAAAUUACUGUUGCCUUGUUUUGCCCCCAAGAUGUUGCGUACAUUUAUGAAUUUACUUUUGAUUUUAAAUUAAUGACACUUUUGAAAUAAUCAAAUUAUCAAUAACUAAGAUAUUCUAAUAUAAUUUUUGAAAGCUUUUUGAAAGUUAGUGAUACUAUUUAUUUGAUGAAGGGAAAGUCUUAAAAUUCAACUUCCUCAUAUUAUUUAUAUUAGAUUAAUAUAAGUAAACCUGUUGAAUUAAUUGAUUACUUUUAUAAAUAUGAAAAAGAUGGGGAGAUUUAAGUUUAUAACGAAACCCAUUUCAUCUAAAUUCAAAGAGAUAAUGAUGAUACAAAUAAUGCUAAUAUAUUUCUUCUAGAAAUUGAUUAUUAUAGAUUAUAUCUUAAAUAGAAUUGUGAUCUUGUGUUAAAAAACGAUGUAUCCAUCCUUUAUUCUCAUAUUGUUUUAGAAGAUAAUCUUAAAAAUAAAUCUUUCAUGCCUUUUUAUGUAGAGGUUGUGACAUUUUUACUAAUUCUUCUGUUUAUUAGAAAAAACAAGAAAAUUAAUGUAUCUAGGAAUAAUGCAGGCAUUAGAAUAAAAUGA